UUAAUUACAAGUAAACACGCAAGAUUCGGCCAAGAUUGGGCCAAGCUUGGGGAGAGCUGGAAAUGAAGACAGAACGUCGAGAGCACCAAUGACAUUUAAGUAGACCCGAAAAAGGAUUCGUGGGACGGCCAGACGGAAGACUAUAAUGUGCUAUCUACUGCAGAAAACUCGGAGCAGAUACCACUUCACUCUUUCGAUGAGAUUUUGUUUUUUAAUGGACAGAACAAAAAGGUGCAUUUGCUAACGGAAUUCUCUAAUUGCAUGUUAUGUCCGUAUGAAAACUGAACACAUUUUUGACAAGGCAACAUCUGAGGCACUUUUUCUUAAGGGACUAGCGGACUGAGCUGUCGUCAAGCUAGACAAUCAUUUAUUUUCCGUAGUUGAAACAAAAAACUGUGGACAGCAUGUACAUAAACAUUUGUAAAAUUAUUCGCAGGCUGGAGACUGCGCGAAGGCACGAGACCACUCAAGGGAAGUAACUGCCAACGUCAGGGAUUUGUGCAGCUCCUAAGCGCCAUUAUUAUGAGCGAUGGCCGCCACUUUGUUUGUAUAGUUGUGAAUCCCUGGUAAAAUGGAACUGACAGAAGAAGAGCGUAAAAAGAAACUUGCAGCUGGAAGAGAAAAGUUGGCAGCUUUCCGCAAAAAGCGAGCUCGUAGAAGGACACAGUGGGAUGGUGGAGAGGGAGACAAAACUUGCUCAAUUCAGCAUCAAAGUAAUGGCAGUCCAGAAGCAGCCGUGUCAGAAGUUUUGUCUGCAACAAAUGACUCAAAUUCUAUCACAGAAGAAAGUGACCAGUUUUCACUGACCAGUGGUGAUGAAUGGUCAGCAGAGGAAUCGGAACUCCACUCAUCAGUGUACUAUCAAACUAAGUUGGCAUCAGCAACACAGCGUAUUGCAGAACUGGAAGAAGCUUUAGAGGGAAAACAGAUUGCCUUGGAUAGGAUGGUCAUGGAAAUGCAGUCUUAUGCCAAUACAAUGAGUAAUAAAAAUGAAGAUGACAGUGGUUACCUUAAGGGUGGAUGUGAAUUAAGGGGUUCUGUGACUGAGCUGAAAGAAGCCUUGAUACAGCGUGAUAAGAUCAUCUGCCAGCUGACUAGCCAUCUGCAAUGGAAGACUACUCAAGGAAGUGAUAUAGUCUGCACCGAUACUCCUGAUUACAUGCAAGAAGCCCAGCUUCUGUCACAUGAGGUUUCAGUUCUACAACAUCAGCUGUCAAAGGCUGGUGAGACCUUAAGAAACCAGGAAGCCAUGUGUCAGGCUUCAGUGCAAGCUCUACAGGAGGCGAAAGAACAGAUCUUAAAUUUGCGGGUAAAGAUCACCGAAAAGAAUGACCUUUUACGUCAUCUGUCACAAAACCUGUCUGAAAAAUCAGCAGACCUCUUGACAUUAAAAACCCAUGAGUGUGAGUUAAUGAGCCUUGUGAAGGAGCUUCAGGAGCAAGCAGCUCGGGAAGCAGAGGCCCGACAGAUGAUGUCGGACACAGCCCAGGCUGAUGCCAACAGGGUCUGUCUUUUGGAGCAGGAACUGGAUGUGCUUACAAAUCAACAAGAUGAGACUUUCAGGGAAAUGGCUGAGCUGCAGGAGCAGCUCAGAAAAGCUGAAGCACUCUGUGCAUGUUUGAAGGAAGAAAAUAAAGAAGGAUUGGAGAAAAUUGCAUGUCUAGAGAGGGAGCUAGAUAGGCUGGUAGAUGGAGAUAGAGCAUUUGCCAGAUUGUCUGAUCUGGACGACAAAGUGCAGGAGCAUCCAGCCAUCAUUCAGACUAUCCAGGAUCAUGACCUGGAGUAUAAUGACACUAGUGAAAGGGUCGUGGAACUAGAAAGAGAGAUUUCUGACUUGAGCAGAGACCACAGAAUAUAUAUUGAUCACUUGAACCAGAGAAAUGCUGAACUGGAGAUGCUUCUGGCUGAGAACAUUAUCCAGUCAACAGGUGAUAUGCCAGAUCUUAAAAACAAGAUUAACUCCCAACAAAAUGAAAUCCUGGCCCUUACAUCCCAGCUGCAAGCAGCGGAAGCAGAAAAUGCCUUCCACAAAGUGCAGGUAGUUGAGUUGCAGGAACAGCUUGAAGAGCUACAGAUGAAAUAUACUGAGGAACAGGGGAAGCAUGCAGAAACAGUGGGAGGCUGUGAAAAGGAGAUUCACUUGUUACAAGCAGAAAAUUCGCAGUACAAGAUCAAGAUAAUUUCUUUGGAAGAAGAGAUCCUUAUUCUGAAGCAAGAACUUUCUACAAGCAUAACCAUGGCAGAAAAUACAGGUCCUGAAAAAUGGGAUGCAGUAAAGAGUGGUGACAGAACAAAUGAUAGCUCAGAGUUUGUUGGCAGUGAAGCCGAGCACUUGGCAAUGCUGCAGAAAUCCUAUAGUAACCUUGAAACACAGUUUGCUACACUCCUCCAACAGAAUGCUCAGCUACAGAUGGACUUGUCUAACUUUCAGGAUCUGAAGCAAAAGCAUGAACAGCAAGAGUCCACCAUAAGAGACCUAUUGUCACAAGUGGACCACUUGCAGGAUACUAUAGAGGAUUGGACAUUGCAAGUGCAGGAGAAGAACUAUCAAGUGGAAAACCUUCAGUCACAGCUAACAGCUACCAUGAAGGAGAAGGAAGAAUUGGUGCAACAGAUGUAUCAGCAGUCAGAAAUUGUAGAAAAGCAGACAUACAGUUCAGAUACUCAUGUGCGGAAGCUGGAAUCAUGCAUCGGUUCACUCAACUCUGAGCUGUCAAACUUCAAAGAGGCAUUGAAGGAAUCAGAGAGUGCUAACAUAGAGCUACAGGACAAGUUUGAUGCUGUGCGAGCUGAACUGGAAGCUGCAAAAAGUCAGAUUAUGGCCAGUGAAUGCAAGAUGGCUCAGCUUAAGAGUGAAUGGGAAACAGAAAAAGAUCAGCUCCUUAAAGACCUACAGCAGAAGGCUGAGGAACUCCAAACAGCUACUUUAGAAAAGAUAAACAUUACAGCUGCUGCGGAAGAUGCUAGAGUGCAACAACAGCAAGCACUGAGGGUUUUGGAGUUACAACAUGCAGAAAUCCUUCAGCAAAACCAAUAUCUUCAGUCAGAGAGGGACCAGCUGGUAGUAUCUCAUGGUGAUGAAAUUUCCAGACUUGAGAACCUAAAGCAAAAGACAGAAGACCUGGUGAACCUGUCUUCAUCGAAAAACCACAUUGUCUUGGAACUAGCAGCUGUAUUGGACAAACAGACCACAGUUCAGCAGCAACUGGAAAUGAAGUUGCAGGAACUCAUGCAGGCUGAGUUGACAAAAAAACAGCUUUCAGAGCAGCUGUCUUGUGCUGAAGAAGAAAUUGCAAGGGAACGCAGCAAGUUUAGUGAGCAGCUAGAGCAAAAGACACAGGAGUUGCUUCUGCUGACUGUAGAGAAUGAAAAGCUUGCUAAAGAUAAAGAAUUGCCUUGGAUGCAAGAAAGCACACAGUUGCAAGAUCUCAGGCAGCAGCUGGAGCAUAAAUCAGAGGAGCUGUCAUCUGUGAUCUCUGAAAAAGAAAAAAUCAGUCAAGAGUUGGCAGCUUUGUGGCAGAAACAGAGCACCAAUAUGGCCAGAUUAGAAGAAAAGACUGAAGACCUCUUACAAACUUCCUCAACUGAGGAAAAAGUCACUGCUGAUUGGGAGUCCAUUCAGUCAGAAUUGAACAAUCAGUUGCCAAUGGGCCAGAAACAACUUGAAGGUAAUAUGCCAGCAUGUUCUGAAGUUCUGUCAGCACAGCGAGAUCCUUCAACCAGAAAGUUAGAUGCAGACUCAGAGAGUAAGAACUCACUAGAACAGUUGGAGCAGCGAGAUCAACAGAUACAAAUACUGGUGGCAGAGAACCAGAGACUUCAUGAACAUUCGAACUCCAGCCAAUCAGCAGCUGCCAAUAAUUGGCAUUUGCAUACAGUUCUGAAGCAGAAGGAAUUGGAGCUUUCAGUUCUUAUGUCAGAAUGGGAAACCAUGGAAAUGCACAGCCUUUCCAGAGAGUCAGUACUCUCAAGGAGUCUUAAAGCUGUGCAUCAGAUUUUGAAGGAGAAAGAGGCCCUUUCCAACCACCAGAAAGAUAUCUUACAGCAGCUGGAAGCCAAUGCUGAGACACACCAAGAAACAGUUUACAAGCUGAACUGGGAACUUGAUAAGAUUACUCAGCAGCUGGCAAUCUCCGAGCAGGAUAAAUAUGAUAUCCUCCAGAACAAGCAACGAGAGAUAGAAGCUUUGGAGUCAAAAAUGAAUCAGAUAGUACAGGACCUGAUUAGUGCUAGAGAAGAGAGAGAUUCAAGAACUGUCAGCUUAGCAGACCAGGCUGAAAUGUUCAGAGCAAAGAGGAAGAUGGUUGCUGAAAACAAUUCACUAAACCACCAACUAGAGGAAGUGAAGAAUGAGGCUCAGAGGAUGGCAGAGCAAACUAGGGCUGAACAAGAGAGUGCACGGGUUGAGAUGGACAACAUCAGAAGCAAGCUGCUUACCAAAGAUGUGGAGCUCCAGGCACUCAAGGAGGACUUGUGCCACCAAAAGAACAUGUUUGAGUCACAGUCUGCUUCUGUAAUCAACCUGAAUAAAGAGAAGGAUGAGCUGAUACUGCAAAUUAGCGAGUUAGAGAAAGAAGCAGCAGAAAUUCAGAACGAGUAUCAUGCACAGUGUCAUGCUCUGCAUGCAGAGACAGGUGAGCUAAAACUUGAACUAGAGCAGAAAAGUAGCAAGUUUGAGCAAGAAAAACAGCAGCUUGUUGAAAACUGUAUUUUGCUUAAAGAACAACUGGAAUCCGGAACAAAUGAAUUGGAACAGUUGCAGAGAGAUUUGGCCAUUAAGUCUAAAGAGCUUGAAACUAUGGCAAUGGACUUGGAUUCCCUGCAACAUCAAAAGAACACUUUACAGCAUGAGUUUUCUGCUGAGCUAGAAGGACUACAUGCCAAAGUAGCAUGCAAAGAAGCAGAAAUCCUGGGUCUAAAUGUCCAGCUGAAAGAUUCUACUGAGCAGCUGAAGCAACAGAUGGCAGUAGCACAAGAAGAGGUUGCCACAAUUCAGGCAGAAAUAGAUCAGAAAAACAUUGUUGUUGUGACACUGCAGGAAGAACUGGAGGAAGUUAAACUGCAGUUAGAGCAGACAAAAGAAGAGAAGGAAUUGUUGAAGAACAAUUUUGACUGCUGCAUGGAGGAUAUGACACAGAGGUCAGCAGAGCAGGAGACUAUCAUCAAACAGCUGCAGAGCCGCCUUGCGGAGGCCUCCCACAAUGUGGAUCGAGAUCAGGGGCAGUUACGAGAAAUGUAUGAAUCUCAGCUAUCUGAUCUUGAGGAUCGGCUUGCCAUCACCACAGCAGAAGUUCAUCACCUUGAGAAUGCUUCAACAUCAUUUGACGCAGAGAAAAUGAACCUGAAGGAAAGCUACAGCAGUCAGAUUGCAGAGCUUGAAGUAAGCCUCCAGUCUACAGAAUUAGAACAGCUGCGUUUGAAAGAGCAGAUGAGCAAGAUGAUCGAAGCCCACGAGAAAGAAAUUUUGGAAACAAAGCAUUCUUUUGAAAUUCAGCUGGCCACGGUGGAGGAAAACUGCCAAAGCCUGGAAAAAGCCCUGGCCAAGCAAGAUUCACUUAUGGUAGAGGCUUUCAAUAAGUUUGAGCAGGAAAAGACUGAAAGGGAGAAGAACUUCGAGGUGCAGAUGAGUGACCUGUAUGAAAUGGCAAGAAUACAUGAGACAGAAGUGGGCAGGGUAAGGCGGCAAAUGGAUGAAAUGAGAAGGGAUCACCAGAAAGAAAAACAAGACCUGCAGCAGGCUCUUGAAACACAUAUCUUUGAGCUAGAAAACAAAUGUUCUAUUGCCACCUGCGAAUUAGAUCGGAUGAGAAGCUCAUUGUGGACCAUGGAGGGAGAUUUCAGCACUGAGAGGAACUCACUCCAACAGAAAAUCAGUGAACUGGAAGACAUUUGUCUUAGUCGGGAGAAACAGAUCUUGGAACUACAGGACAAACUUGCAAGGAUGAACACUCAAUCAGAAGAAAACACCUCAUCUCUCACGGAAACUCAUCAGUCUGAAAUUCAUCAUCUUGAAGAAGUGAAUGACCACAUGGCUGAGGAUAUCAGGCAGCUGCAGGAACACCUUAAAGCUAUGCAAGACACACACAGGCAUGAGAUUCAGGCUCUGAAGUACCAGCAGUGCCAGGAAGUGAGUAUCCUGCAGGAACGCUGUCGUCAGAUGGAAAUCCACUCUCAGGUCCUCCAGUGCCACCUAGGUUCUUUGUCAUCACAGCCUGCUGGCAUAGAAUUACCAUCUGCAGUCAGUAAUAGAGACAACCUGCAAGUGGAUAUCACUUUGCCAGAAGAUAAUGUUGUUGCUUUCCAAAAAACAUUGACAGAGAGAGAACAGGAAAUUUCCCAACUGCAUAGUAAGGUCAGCAUCUUGACUUUGGAAAAUGACAGAAAAGACACAGAAAUAAAGAAUCUGUCUCAAGAUAUUGAAAAUGAGAAGGAGAAGUAUGAAGAGUUGCAGUUGCUGUGUACUGGGCUUGAGCAUAAAACUAAGCAGCUACUAUCUGACAUCCAGGACAGGAAAGUUUGUGGGGAGCUAACCUAUGAGGGAAGACGUGAUUCACCAGAUGGAGGUACCACGGCAGAGUAUGAAUGCAAAGCCUUGGUUGCAGAAUCUGAACAUCAGAAUCCUGACAAUUUCCAGCUUCAAGAUGGAGAUCACAGCAGUUGUGCCCCAGGACCUAAAGAGCUCAUGCAUACACUUGAUAGUGUUUGUUUCUCCCCAGAGAGGUUUGAACCUGAACCUGAUUAUCCAAAGUAUCUUGACCUUGCUACAAUGACCAGAAAGAGCUCAGACUAUUUUGUGGAAGAAGCUGACACAAAUGCAGUAGGAAGACCUGGAGGCAGGCCAAGAAUACGGUCGGUGUCAGCAAACAUGUUUGUUGCUGAAGGAUUUGAGCCUGACGUGCAGUCAUUACCUUUUACUUCUUCUGACUACCGUAAAAAUCUCAUCAGGUCAGAAAUUUCAGAAGUCAUGAACCAGAAAGAAAGAAACACUGAAGCAAAAGCCACACCAAGUAAUGCAGGAUGUUUUGAGCCAGAAGAAGAAAACAUACAGUCACAGUCUGUGGACUUUGAUGCUGAGGAUGCUGAAGAGACUAGUUUCCAACUAGAGUCACUCCAAGACAUGCCCAGCUCUGAAUAUUCUAAUUUUUUGGUUCCAGACCAGAGCUUUUUGCCCUUUUCACUCAAUGCAUGCCCUUCUGCUCCCAUGCUUGGCAAGAAACUGUCAAAAUGUGUGGAUUCUUGUACACAGACAGAUGGGUCACCUGAUGACUCUUUCAAAAUCCUUGCUUCUAAUGCCUGCAGCAUGGGCAAAAAACAAUGAAUUGAAUAUUAGUGGUGAUAAAGCCAUCA